UUUUUGUUUGUUUUUUUCACGAUUUCGACGUCACAGUCGGAUUUCAUCUCGCAUUUCUAAGCAAAAAGCAACAAAAGUAAGUCGUUCUUUGUGACAAAGACAAAGGAAAAAAUGUCUCCACCAAUUGUUUAUUUGACGCGAAAAGAAACUUUCAGUGCUUGUCAUCGUUUACACAGUCCUCAUCUUUCUGACGCCGAAAAUUUGGAGAUUUUUGGUAAAUGUAACAAUCCCAACGGACAUGGACAUAAUUACACCGUCGAAGUAACGGUACGUGGACCACUUGACGUCAAAACCGGCAUGGUGAUGAACAUAACGGACAUCAAAAAGGCAAUGGAUACGGCAAUAAUGAAGCCUCUGGAUCACAAAAAUCUCGAUUUGGAUGUUCCCUACUUCCGGCAUAACGUCAGUACAACGGAAAAUCUGGCAAUUUAUAUUUGGGACUCCCUUCGCACAUUGUUGCCACGUCCCGAACUGCUCUUUGAGGUAAAAAUUUACGAGACUGACAAAAAUAUCGUGCGUUUCCGUGGUCAUGAUGCAGCUCCGCGUGCCGGAAAUGGCUUGUCAAGCAUCCAAACUCGCGAUAUUUGUGUCUCCAGUGACUCGGAUUCGUAAAUUUUGGACUUCCAAAGACUCGUAGGAGAUAUUUGUGAUCAUUCCAUGACAAUAUUUUUUGGAGAAAAUGCUUUUUUACGUUUUUCUAGACAUUUUUUGUUUCAUUUCUUACGACAAAUAUCAUUCUAAAGUUUAAUAAAGUUAAGAAAAUUCAUCAAAACUGAA